UACGAAAAUAUAAAGUGCAAUAUCCCACCAAAUAUCCCAACUGUGUUGUAAAAUUAUACAGGAUGUAUAUUUUGAUAGCGUCAGUGAGGGCAGCUGUCAGAUCCCGUGCUGCCAGGCGAAAAUGGUUCUUCCUUUGAUUUGGAAUUAAUGAAUUGACGUUUACAGAUUUUGGAAAAAUCAUACAGGGUGCGAGAAAAAGGUUGGUUUGACGAACGUUUUUUGAUGCUAAUCGAUCCCAUUCCUAUUCAGGAUCAAAAGUUUUUAUGGGACCUAAGAAAAAUUCCUAGCUAGAAAAGGCACAAAUCGAGAUUUUUUUCCCCUUACAAUUUGAAAGAACUGCCCCAGUACCCAGUGUCAAUUUCACUUUGGUCUGUUCCAUCCAACCCAGAUCACAAAACUGCACUUUGAAACUGAAUCUCUUCAGGUUAUACCUAAGACAUUUAUUAUUCCCAAAAGAAAUAUACAUUUCACGUAUUGAGACUUACAAAAUAGUAUAUUACAUACAUGACAUGCAGUUUUGCCCAUGAGUGUUGAGUUUAUAAUUAUAUUAGUAAAUUUACGUUAAUAAAAUUUAGGUAUAUUAAAAUUUAAAACUUACAUAUAUCACAAUAACAAAGUUGACACAAAAAACAAUUCUCUUCAAAUCAGAAUAAGUACCAGAAAGGCCUAUUCUUUCCGUUACGGGUAGAGUAAACAUCACCGCAUUUGAAGUGCAUUGUUAAAAAAUAAUAAAUCUUAUUGUUAGUUAGCACGUGUCAGCGUGGUGAUGCCGCGCCACUGACGCAGCGCCCACGCAGCCGCGGAGGUCAACGCAUCCCAUGAAUAUUCAUCGUUUCAGAGCCAGUAACGUAAUGCAUAUAUUACCACAACAGUCAAGAGCGUCUCGAUCAAAGCUUGGCGUAGGGUGCCGUAGUUGCCCGACAAUUGUAUUCAUGUUCACCACCCGCUUUCCUUCAGUGGGUGUUGUAGGACUCGACUGAUGGGUUAAAUUGUGGUGUUAGCGACGAGCAACCUGUCACUGCAAUGCUCGUAUCACGAUUUCGUUUUCUUCAACCCCUUAAUUGCCAAGAGAACUUGAACACUAGCUGAAAACAAUCACUGAGUUAAGACACAUGUGGAUGCGCUGCGCACGACUAGGUAGCACUUUAAAGACGCGGAGUAAACGCAAAGGUCCGCAUCCGCACUGCGGCAAGCGGCUAAUCAAGUCUGUGCUUACGCAGGCUAAAGGUUCCUCUCCAUAGUUGACAACAGAACCCUAAAAUUAGUACUAUGGACAAUGACUUGCUGAAAAAAUCUGUCAAUCGAUCCAUUUUGAGAGCAAUCUCCAAUCUGAAGAGUCUGUGCAGGUGCGAGUGUUGACAGCCGAAGGGCAGUGAAAUUCUUCAUCCGCUGCCUAAUGGUUCUUGGUCAUAAUUGAUUACGGAAUCCUAAAGUAAGCAUUUUUGAGAAUUAUCUGAAACGUUUUGGUUAUCGAUCCAUUUCGAGGGCAAUCAUCGACCUGAUAAGUCUCUGUGUGCCGACGCGAGUGUUGACAGCCGGAGAGAAGGGAACCUCGAGGAUGCUGUGGCAGCUGGUGGUGGUGGCGUUAGUGUUGAUGGGGGUGCACUACCGCUGGCGCCGGCGCGCCAUCUACCGCCUGCACGCGGCACUCGCCGCCGACCUGCCCUGCAACCCGCUCGUGGGCCACGCUACCAUGCUCAUUGGCUCUGAUGAAGACCGGAUGAAGGCGUUCCAGCUGUUCGGGCGCAUAGCGCUGCAGCGAGGCGGGCUGACCGCCGCCUGGAUGCUCAACCGACUCUAUGUGGUGAUAGCGGACGCGACGGCAGCGGGCGUGGUGACGCGGCGCUGCCUCGACAAGGACGAGGCCACCAUGGGCUUCAUCCGCACGUUGCUAGGCAACGGCAGCAUCUUCGCGCCAGUGGAGAUUUGGCGCCCUCGGCGCAAGACCCUGGCGCCGGUGUUCGCCGUGCGGCGCGUGGCGGCGUUUGUCGGCUUGUUCGACCGUCACGCCGCCGCCGCCGUCGAGCAACUCCGCGCACACGCCGGAAAGGGCGACUUCUCGCUCUGGGAUACGCUCAGCGCGUACACAUUCGACGCCGUUUGUGAGACAUCGCUAGGCGUGCAGUUUCGGUCGCAGGGCGGCACGCCGCACCCGUUCCUGCGCGCGUUCGCGGGCGCACAGCGCGAGCUGGCGCGCCGCAUGUGUGCGCCCUGGCUCUACCCCGACGUAGUCUACCGCGCGCUGCCGCCCUACCGCCGCUUUGUGCGCAGCCGCCGCUAUAUACACACCUUCAUCGACGAGAUAAUAAGAGAGAAGCAAAAGGAAAUGUCAAUAUCAGAAAGUAAAGAGUCGUCGAGCUCGGAUGCGGACAGCGGGCACAAGAGCUUCCUCGAGCUGAUGCUGGAGAGCGGCGAGUACUCGUCGCUGGAGCUGCGCGAGGAGGUGAUGGUGCUGGUGAUGGCCGGCUCCGACACCACCGCCGUCGGCGCCGCCUUCGCGCUGCUGCUGCUGGCGGCCCACCCCGCCGUGCAGCGCCGCGCGCGCCAGGAGUUGGUGGAGGUGCUGGGUGACGGAUCGGGCGCGAUGACGGCGGCGUCGCUGGCGCGGCUCAAGUACCUGGAGGCCGUGGUGCGCGAGGCGCUGCGCCUGUACCCGCCCGUGCCCGUCACCGUGCGCGAGGUGCGCGAGCCCCUACAACUGUGUUCCCAGUACGCGAUGUUAGCGAUGAAGACGGUGCUGGCACGCACGCUGCUGCAGCUACGUGUCUUGCCGGCGACUGACACGCCCGCCGCUGCCGUCACCGCUGCCGCCGACACAAAUCACGCCGACGCCGCAACAUAUCACGCCGACGCCGCUACAAAACACGCCGCCGCUGACACAAAUAACGCCGACGCCGGCACGAAUAACGCCGCCGCUGAUACAAAUGACGCCGCCGCCGACACCACCGCCCCCGCUGACGACACCUCCCCGCCGCUGCGAGUCAAGUUCGACAUCGCCAUGAAGCACGUCGACAACUACAUGGUUCGAAUGGAACUACUGGAAUAGAUCAAUAAUCGUAGUUAGCCUCGUACCUGCUGGCUUGGUGCGAUACAGCGACAUCUCAGUGAAGCUUUAACUGUGCCUUAACGAUGACGUCGAGGUUAUCUUAAGGGAAGUUCUUAUAAGUUAUGUUAUUAAAUGAUUCUGAAAUAGGAACUUAUGUUGUCAUUUAGGCAUGCUAUUCAAUCUAUAUACUAGUGCCCAAAAAAUAACAUACCUAUAGUAUUUUUAAUCUGGUUACCUGCCACUUUAAAGGUCGGUUGCACCAAACAGCCUGUCAUAGAAUUUAGCUCCGCUAGCGUCCGCUAAAUUUUGUGGCACGGGAAUUCCUAUAGACUUCUACUGCGUAACGUGUCUGUUAGCUUAGCUGUCGUUGAUGCAACUGGCCUUUAAUUGUAUUUAACUGCCCAAAACAAGUCGAAACAUUCAAAAUAUAAAUCGAGGGUUUACUGGUAAAACCCGAUAAAUCGAGAUAAUUUGUCCUUGAAAUAACAACAUUGUGGAAAUUACACAUAGUUCGAAUUUC